GAGCGGCAGCAGCGGGGAUGCUCCCGGCUCAGGAGGCGGCCAAGAUCUACCACACCAACUACGUGCGGAACUCGCGGGCCAUCGGCGUGCUCUGGGCCAUCUUCACCAUCUGCUUUGCCAUCGUCAACGUGGUGUGCUUCAUCCAGCCCUACUGGAUCGGAGACGGCGUGGACACGCCGCAGGCGGGCUACUUCGGGCUCUUCCACUACUGCAUCGGCAACGGCUUCAGCCGGGAACUCACCUGCCGGGGCAGCUUCACGGACUUCUCCAGCCUGCCCUCGGGAGCCUUCAAAGCUGCCUCCUUCUUCAUCGGGCUCUCGAUGAUGCUCAUCAUCGCCUGCAUCGUCUGCUUCAUCCUCUUCUUCUUCUGCAACACGGCCACCGUCUACAAGAUCUGUGCCUGGAUGCAGCUGACCUCGGGUGAGUGGGGCAGCAACCACCAAUAA